GGCUCGAGGGGCCUCUCAAAAUGUCACGAGAAGUCCCACGCGGCCACAGAGCGCACUCCGCGUGUUUCACUGCCACGGCGCAGCAGCUCAGGGAUUCACGUGGGGUGGGCUGGCAAAAACCCACAGCAAACCCACAGCUGUGCGGAAAUGACACAGUACCGUCACGUCACGCGAGAGGGCACUGACUAGAGAAAAAAAAAAGCAGCGGAGAGAAACACGGACAACAGUUACCCGUGGACAAAUCCACUGGAUUUAAAGCACGAGCAUGACUAAUGCCUCCUAACCUACUGCACACGGCUGCCCGGAGUCGAAAAGGACAUGAGCUCUUCUGUGUGCAUGGUUAAUGCAGACGGACAAGUGCCUGAUAAAAAAGUUAAAGUCGAGAAAGAUGCAGAGGAUGUUAUUGAAAACACAGAGGGGAAGAUGGAGAGCUUCUUUAAGCGCAUUACAAAACGAUCAGCAACACACGCAGUCCCUGAGGUGGAAGGGCCUACUAGCAGGAAGAGGGUCAAGGUGACAACACAGGCAGGAGAACAUCUCCUUGACAGCAGUUCAGAUAAUGGAAGCAGGUCAUGUUCUCACAGUCACAGAUUAUCUCCACAGGAACAGAUUCCCAUCUCUUCAUACAGGAAACCACUCUACAGCAUCACACAUCGCAUUUCUGAGCGUAAAGCUGCAUCCAAUCUGGACCAGCACGGAGCCCACAAUGGAGUCAGAGCAAGCAAUAAUGGUGUUCACUUACAAAAAGUGGGCAGCUCUAGAAAGCAUCACAUGUUUAAGGCCUCCACUAAUGUGGGGGUCACAGGGUCUUCUGCUGCCUUGGAUUCUCACCUCUACCCACUCAUCGAGAAGAUGUUCUUCCUCCUCAACACACUGAAUUCCAGCAUGACCCAGCUGCACAGUAAGGUGGAUUUGCUCUCGCUUGAAGUGACACGUAUCAAAAAGCAGAUGAAACCCUCUGAGAUGAUCAUGGAAUUUCAACCUCCUCCUGAAUACCAGCUGACCAGUGAAGAACUCACCCAGUUGAUGGAGCAAACAUCCACUGCGGGAGAUCUUGGCUGCAGACUCCUCGUUCAACUGUUCCCAGAACUCUUCACAACAAAAGAAUGCACGCAUGGCUGCAGCUCAUGCAGCCUUACAACCAAACGGACAUUAGAUUCAUUGCAUCUUCAGCUAAUACGUAACUAUGUGGAAGUCUGCUACCCAUUGGUGAAAAAUGAAAAUGUCUGGCAGACGGAGUGCUUGCUGCAGAUCAAUGAUUUCUUGAAUCGUUUCUGGGCUCAGAAGGACAUGGAGAGUGGUCAUAUGUGUGACAAACAGGCUCCAGUGCAUGUCGGGUUUGACAUGGAUCCCAAUCGUGCUUGUCAUUUCAUCAGUGAAGAUGCCCAGGAUGAGAGUCUUUCCCUCAACUCUGGAGAGAACAAUGAUGUUCAUCUCAAUGUCAGUUCAGAUGUAGCGUUUGACCAACAUGAGGCAGACUCUGAAGACUUAACUUCGCCAGAGGAGCUUGUUGUGUUUUUGUUGAACAGACUCUUUCCGGAGGUGUUUGAGGAGGGCAAGUUGCCGGAGGGCCACAACAGCAUUGGACAGUUGAUCAGUGACUCAGACAGACUAGAAAUUAUACAAAAAUACAUGGAGGCCAAUUUCCCUGAUAUCCCAGAAGAAACCUGGCUGCAAUUGUGUGUACAACAAAUGGAGGAAGCACUGGAGAAUGCUUCAAUCAAUGGCAGCAGUCGUGACAACCGAGAGAGAUAUGACACCACUCGUCUGCCUGAUAACAUCUCCAUUGUAAAGAUCAGUGAUCUGUGUGAUUACGAGAAACCAAAUCGCAGGUCUAAGAAAUCGUUGCUGGAGCCUGUGGAUUUUGACACACUAGAGAUUCCUCCUCCAGACUUUGAAGUUCCUCGGGAGUAUCUACUUACUAAGGAACAGCUAAAGAAUAACUAUGAAAGCAGUUUAUCAAUUGGGAACUUUGCAUCUCGACUCCUGGUUCUCAUGUUCCCUGAGCUCUUUACUUACGAGAAUGCACGAAAAUACUUCAACUGCAGUGGCUCUCUAGGAAAGAAACAGCUGGAUCCCCUACGAAUCAGUCUCAUCCGGCAUUACGUCCAGCUGCUUUACCCACAAGCUAAGAACGACCGUGUGUGGACCCUUGAGUUUGUCGGCAAACUUGAUGAGCGCUGUAGGCGACGAGAUACCGACCAACGACGUUCAUACCAGCAACAACGGAAGGCCUGUUCACCUGACCAAGAGCCUGACCCAAAAGACUCGCUGCUAACUGCUGGGCAAAUCAAUGUUCUCAGUUCAGACCAUCUGAAAGAGGACUUUGAAGUCCUGUCUUCACCCCUGGAGAAAAGCAGCAAGGACUUCUGCAAAAUUCCUCUCGAGGACCUUUCAGUGUCCACCCCAGACUUUCCAGUGCCUUCUGAGUACCUGCUCACGGAUGCUGAAGUGAGGGAAAUUGUGCAACAGAGUCUGUCUGUGGGAAAUUUUGCUGCUCGCCUUCUCGUCCGUCUCUUCCCAGAACUUUUCACACAGGAAAAUUUACGGCUGCAAUACAACCACUCUGGGGCCUGCAACAAGAAACAGCUGGACCCUGUACGUCUCCGACUUAUCCGUCAUUACGUGGAGGCUGUCUAUCCAGUUGACAAAAUGGAGGAAGUGUGGCACUACGAAUGCGUGCCAAGCAUCGACGAGCGCUGCAGGCGACCCAAUCGCAAGAAAUGUGACAUUCUAAAGAAGGCAAAGAGAUCAAACAACACUGUGACUUAUUCUUAGACAAUGUUCCUGCAAAGCGCAGAUCUGUUUUCCUAUAUUUUACACAACAUACCUGUUAUUUGCACAAGUCCAUAAGCUGAAGCAUAUUGAAACUUGUUCUUGUUUAAGGUCUAGUUCGGCUGGUCGAGUUCACAUCCAUGGCCUUAAACAGGAUGGUUUCGUAGGUGACAAAGUUGGUGAUUGAAACCACUAUCACAUGACAGUGAAAUAUUAUUACUAUUUAUAUGCCAAAAUAUUAUUGAUGUUAUUCUAAUGUCUAAUUAAUAGAUAAGCUAAAGUUAGCCUUAAUCAAUUUAAAUGUAAACAUUUAGUUUUUAAAAACAAUAGGUCACUUUAGUUUCAGGUGAGGGCAGAGAUGAUAUAUAAAUAUAUAUUGUUUUAAGUUGUAGCAAUGUUGCAACACUGUUUUUUUUUCUGAUUAUCAACAUAUUGAAGUAUGUCCUGCCUUGCAGGAAGUAAAUCUUAUUCAUAUGUACUUAACUAUAGCACCAGGUUAUAUGUUAUAUAUUUUCUAAUAAAAAUUCACUUCCUAGCCAA